AUGAAAUCGAGAAUAAAUUCUGGUCUAUAUCUGAGCAUUGUCUCUAGUUUGUUAUCAAUUGUGGCCGCUGAUUAUGGCAGUCUCUCAAAACACCAGCGCAGUAAAAGAGCUCCUAUACCGUGGCUUAUAUUUCCAACAACAUCACCUACUCGUGUCCAGAUUGUUGUCGGUUUUGGUAUACCACUGGAGGAUCUCGACUACGAGGCGGUGACAACUGGCUAUGUGCUAAAGGCGGAAUAUUGGUUGCCAGAAACGCCGGAUGCAUUACGUACGCCAACAUCUAUGCCCAUCAAUCAGGUGCCCACAGCUGGUUCCACGGGUGCACGUCGCCAUAGGCCCAUGUUUGAGAACUUUCUCGUGGGUGCCGAUGAUCUGGGCAAGAGCACCAAGAAGCUGCUGACGCGAACGAACAAAGUGCUUAGCAGUUAUCGCUGGACAUUGUACAAGGGUCUGGAGGGAUUGGCCCAGCGUCUGGGAUAUCAGGGUCGAAUUUGUGUGCUGAAAAGCAUAUGUGAAGCUGCCGAGGAGCCUUUCCAUUACACCAAUGGAUUGGUUGCCGAACUGCUUCACAUACUUUUAACGCCCUCGUCAUCGGUGGAUAAGCUUUCGGAGCAUGCCGAUAAUGAGUAUUAUUAUGCCGAGAAGGUGGGCCAAACAGGCGCCGGCUGUAAUCGUGUCUUCAAAGAGUGCAGUCACAGUUUGUUGCAACAUUUUAGCUCACUAUACGACAAUGUGGAUAAUCUGCUAAUGACAAUAAACUAUUAG